CAUCCGCCUCGGGCUGCGUAAUUCUGACUGGCCCCUGCUGCGCUGUUUCCGUGUGUGCAGAUACCAGUAUAUCAGCGCGCUCGCCCGCGUCAUGGAACUCUCCCCUUUGCUGUUUCGAGGUGACGCGCUGCCACCACACUCUGCCAGACCGCACUUGAAGUACCAUGUACUCCGACUACAUUAAUCCCGAUACCUCGUCCUCGCCAGCCUGCUACUUCUCCAUUCUUCCAGCCUCUUCGAGCCACUUCUCCGUGGAAACCCCAAGCACAACACCCCUCUCGGACUACUCUCCGGACGUAUAUUCCGACCCGUCACACCCACUACUGGCCUUUCGACACAUCCCUCACGAGUGCCACAUGUCGUCUACCGCAGACGUAUCCAGACUGCUGCAGCUCCAGACUGCCGCCGCGCACCGGCCCGCCGCUCAGCCACUGCAGCACAGUGCCAGCGCAUCCUCCAGCGACUCCGAAUCCAGCUCCAGGGCAUCCUCCACGUACAGCAGCUCAUCUCCCUCCAUGCUCUGCUGCUGCCGGUGCCGCCGCGAAUCCGGCACAAACGCAAUGGUCCAGUUCGGGACAAACUUGUAUUACUGCAACCACUGCGCCAAGAUGACCGGUUACUGCGCCGGCUGAGGCUAACGGCGCGCCACAUCGUCCGCGAAGAGGAGUCCUCAGUACAUCUCGACAUGAAACAAUUACUCGCUGUUCAGCAUUGUUCCGCCUUUCUCUGCUGCAACGUCAUUACAGCAAGAGUCGACGUUUCCGGAGCGCUUGGAGUCUAUGUCCCUAUCCCUCAACAAGGAGUCCACGGACUCGGGUACAUGUGUAGUCUCAGUUUCAGCAAUCACUGGAAGGAGGAAGAAAGAUUGUCUGGUCGGGAAAGGCAUCUUGGGAUUUUCAGCAUUGUCAUUAUCGGAGGAAGAGGGUUCGGCUAUCUGGUGUGUGAUGGAAGCGCAGACUUCAACGGAGAAGAGAGCGAGCGGAGCUAGUCUUCGCUGCCUUGUCGUGAUGUGAUCACGGCCGACAUGAUAGUCACUAGUAAUAUGAUACCCCAUUCACGGCGUCCAAGUAGUCUUUCUCAACGCAAAUGUGAACUCCUAGCGCAUGACU